GCUUUAGUAAGUUUUGCCCGAUUAGUAAGUUUUGCUUCUAGUGUAAAAACAGUAUUCAUUAAAGAAUAAUAUACUAAACCAUCCAACCAUAUUAAAAUAACCACUCCAACUGGUUUUUCAAAUUCAUGUCGGAACGAAAUGAUUCCCCCACUCUAAACGGAACGGAUUACGGAUCCGGAACAGACGAUUUCGCCGCGGUGUAAACGAGCACGAAUAAAACGGCUAAUUUUGCUGUAUGUGAAAUUUUGCUUUUCACUACAAGGAUGUGAAAAGUGUGUGGGAAGGUGCCUGCUUCCUGCUGGAUAUCAAGUACUGCACGGAAGAGUGAAUUUUAACUACGAAAAAGUGUUUCCAAAAAUCCCGUCAUUUCGACAACCAGUGCCACCACUCGUGCGCGCGUAUACGUGUUUGUGUGUGUGUAUAGUCCGUGCUGCUUCUGUGCUCCCGGUGUGUUCUUCUACUUGCUUCUCUUCCGUGUCGUCUUGGUUGUUUCACUCAAACUGGCGCGAUUCACAAGGGCGCUAAACAUGUGCCCUCUCGUUCAGUCGCACGGAACGAGAGUUGGCCAAUAUAUUGUCGUGGCUCGUUGUGUGAGUGUGUUGUGUGCGUAGCUAUGUGUGUGCGAACUGUGUUGGUAGUACGAUGGAGAAGAACGUACGUGAGCCGCAUGCUCUUGCUCGUCGUCUAGUGCUUUCAUAGUGAAAAUCGCGUGUUUUUUCACGAAUUUCCGUAAACGAAUGGUGCGUGUGAUAGCUUUCCCAUUGGUGUUUAUCCCGGUUGCUGUGUUCGGAACCGGUAAUGUAAACUCGAUGUGCGGGAAAAACACGUCCCCGCAACAUUCCGGCUACGCGUAUGACACUUGUACCGACGACGUAAAAGUGAAUUAAAAACGCGUAAGGGCUAGCGCGGGGAGCAAAAGUCCUUGUGAAUGAAUUGGGACAGUUGCUGACGUCGCAAGUGGUAAAAAGAAGAAAGGACUGGAAAUAAACUUCCGCAACGCAGAUCGCGCGGAAUAAAGCGAUUGAAACAAACGUGAAUAUUCCGUGUGUGUAUGUGUGCAUGUGUGUGUGUGUUGGUUUGGUGACAGUGUGUUGUAGAAAAGUAACCGCGAACAUCCGAACGCAAGAGCAGGUGAAACCGGAAAACAGGCCCAAAAGUGCCUUCCGUUGGUGACCGAUUAGCGCCGUUUCCUGCACGGGUUUCGUUGGUAUCAACACUUUACCGCUGUGCUACGGAACGACGGCAAUGCCCAUCCAAAUGGUCUGCGAUUCGACACCAUCGCUAGUGAGUGCGGCUAUACGGGACGCAUUGCACUCGACGAGCGGCAGCACGAAUGGACGCACAGUUGGCCAUGGUUACGGCACAACUUCCACCAGCAACGGUGUCACAGUGAAUGGAACUGGAUCAUCCGGCACACAGACUCCCAGCAAGCAACAACUCCCGUUCCGACGAACGCCUGCGACCCAGAUUGACAACGACUACGACCAGUAUGAUGAACCGGAGGACGGUGGACCGAACGAUUUGGUCGAAUCUAUCAGUCAAUCGCUGCGCCAGGGUCAGCAGGUUAAGCCCAUAACGUAUGAGGAAGGCCCUAGCUACAGUACUAGCCUGGACAAGCUGAAGUCCAAAUAUAUUGUCCUGAAAGCGACAACCCCAACCGGUCUGGCUGGCUGCGGUGGUUCCUUAAGUAAUUCCAAUUCAUCUUCGUCCUUCGGUGCAGGACUAGCCAAAGCAACCACUAGUGGCGGAGCACCGAACACACUGUUGACCAUGAACGGCGGUGGUUCUCUGAAGUUUUCUACAACCACCUCACCAUCGCCUAGUGCGUCCAAAUCGUCUACCAAUGUGCUUCAACAGCAGCAACAAAAUGGCGUCCCGCCUGCCACCGCUAGCAGUACUGCGGCUGGAAAAAUGGAUACCACCACACUGCCAACACCGAAGCGGACACUUUUCCCACGCGAGAGUGUGCAGAUCGGUUGGAAAACGACGGGCCGCAAAUGGUUGGUCGGUGCCGGUAUGAUGAAUAUGGGCAACACCUGCUACCUUAACUCGACUCUCCAGGCGCUAUUUCACGUGCCAGCCAUCGCCAACUGGUUGCUGUCGGAUGAGCCACAUCGGAUCAAGUGUGACGAUGGAGGUUCUGGCGGCAGCUGCAUUAUCUGCGCGAUGGCAAAAACGCUCCUCGAAUCACAGACAAAUCAAACCGCCUUUCGACCUUACUUGGUGUAUUCGAAGCUGAGGCUCGUCUGUAAGCAUCUCGUGCCGGGCCGACAAGAGGAUGCGCACGAGUUCCUGCGCUACCUGGUGGAAGCGAUGGAAAAGUCUUACCUCAACCGUAGCAAGAACAGCAAGGAACUGGAUCAAUACAGCAAAGAAACGACUCCGCUCAACCAAAUUCUUGGCGGGUAUCUACGGUCGGAAGUGAAGUGUCUGUCCUGUCAGCACGUGUCGACCACGUUCCAGCACUUUGAGGAUCUGCUGCUCGACAUUCGGAAAGCCAACUCAAUCGAUGAAGCGCUUGAGCUGUAUUUUGCUCGCGAACGGCUGGAGGAGAUGGGAUACAAAUGUGAGGCGUGCAAGCGCCGUGUGGCGGCAACGAAGCAAUUUUCACUCGAACGCGCACCGUUUGUGCUGUGCAUACAGCUGAAGCGAUUCUCCAUGCUUAGUGGCAAGAUCAACAAGCAUGUGGAGUUGCGUUCCAAGCUAGAUCUUACGCCUUACUCGUCACCCGCGAUGCGCACGAAUGGCGGAAAGCUUACGUACCGGCUGACGUCGAUGGUAACGCAUCUAGGUAGCACGCAGCAUUGCGGACACUACACCGCGAUUGGACAUACCGAUGCGGCCGGGUACCAUGUGUUCGACGACAGCUCCGUGCGCCCGAUUGGCAUCCACAAUGUGAUGAGCACGAAUGCGUACAUCUUGUUUUAUGAGCUGGAAAGUUUAGCCGCCGGAGCGAUUGGUUUGCCUAAUGGCACCUGUCGAGCGAAGGCGACCGUCACCGUGGGGGGACAACCGAGUAGUACAGUCACACUAACGUCGAUGGGACACUUAAUCAACGGCACCGCCGCAACCGGUCUCGGUAGUGGUGGAACUGCUAGUGGCACGGGUAACACCGGCGGUGGGAGUAGUAGUAAUGGAGGGAGUGGUGGCACGCCCGGAAAAGCCACUCACUCAUCGCCACUCCGCGUACUCGGUACUGGUGGCGGCAAUGGAUCUACUGGUGGCAUCUUCCCGAGCAAGCUGGAACAGAGGCCUGGCCUUAUUGGGCCAGUGCUACCACCAACCGCGACAACCUCAACGGCCAGCCCAUCGGCAACGGUCACCACCGUCACCGGUAAGGGAGCGAACCAGAAUAACGCUGCAAGCGUCACGACCACGACAACCAGCGUAACCUCAUCGGCAAGUGCUGCCGGCAGAGAGAUUGCAAUAAUUUCUUCUCCCUCAUCGACAGCGUCCACCCUUUCGAAUGCAUCCUCGCUCAGCUCGCCAGCGAAACAGCAGGAAGCGUUACCGGGCAGCAAAAUCCCUAAACUUCCCGACAUCAACGCCCGCACUACUACGUCCCUCAACGGUGCUCACAGUGACAUGAAGGUAAAGUCCUUAUCCAAACCAUUGCUUGCAUCGAUGCCGAAGCUGAAUUCUCCAAGCAAAUCGUCGGAGAGCACCAACGGAUGCUACUCGGCCGUGGUCAGUCUGGUACCGUACGAUAGUGAUGAUACUAGCAGUACCAGCGAGGACGAGGAUAACCGCGAGCACAUCAAAUCCGCACCCAAAUCGCUCGUGCUCACAAACGGCAAUAGUGCGGCUAAGCGUGCGAGACAGCAGAUGAUCCCCAUUGCGAAUGGUAAACGUAGCGCGAAGCAUAGCAAAGAUGAGGAAGCUCACGCAGAACUACAAAACGAAGACGGCAAUGAAGAGGAGGAGGAGGAGGAGGAGGAGCGGACAAGCACGGCAUCUUCCCGUUCCCCGCAGAUGAUCAAAACCAAGGCAGGUCUUUGGAAAGUGUCCAAAAGCAGUACGGCAGAUCAGCUCAGCUAUCCGGACAGUGGAUCGGCCUCAUCAUCCAAAUCGUCAUCCCCCACCACAUCCGGCGUAUCCUCCCCGACUAGCUCACCCGGUCAGAAGCCACAAAAGCUGCUACCGCUAAAGAGCGUCGGUGCUUCCGGUGGCGGUGAACCUACGUCACUGAGUAACGGCCACCGGCUACCACACAACGGCAUCAACGGAAAGAACAACAAAUCGAUCACGAACGGAUAUCAUGCGAAUGGAACCAACGGAAGCCAUUCGGCAUCUCCAGUUGGCGAUGGUAAAGCCGGCGGCAGUUCUGGAGGUACGCCGGCCGUGCAAAUGUUGAUGAAGUACUCCCACCGAGGAUAUGGUGCACCGGUGAAGAGCUGGAACGGUCAGCAGACAGCCAUGGAACGAGAGCUAGCAAACGACCGGCGGGAAGAACGUAAGCGCCAGAUCGAAGACGAUCGUGAAACGGAAAUGGAUCGAGGCCGGGUAAAGAAAACGAAGGGUGGCGCCCCGACGGCUAGCGGUGCGAAUUCCGGCGGCAACAAUCUCUUCCAGCAGUACCAGAAUCAUCAGACGACGCCGGGUGGCGGUGGUAAGUGGAUGGGAAACGGUGGAAACCGUAAUCACUUCAACAAUCACCAUCAAAACAAUUAUCGCGGUGGUGGUGGUGGUGGCGGUUAUUAUCAGAAUGGUAAUGGUAAUAACAGGCACCAUGGAGGUGGUGGUGGGUUUCGCACCGGUGGCCGGCGGUUCGGUGGUCGCAACGGUGGCGGAUUCCAUACGAAGGCUCACCAUCACCAUCAACGCAGUGAACAGGGUAGCGGUAUGGCUAGUGGCGGUGGCGGCGGUAGCAACGGUUUCUAUCAUCGAUAAAAUCAAGCAAAAUGAUAGAGAAGAAGAGGAAAAGGAAUUUAGGAGAGAGAAAGAAUGAACAGGAUUGCAAUUGUGUGGAGGAUCGAUUCUCACAACGGUACACAACGAUAGUACUUUGCAAAACUGAAGGGUCAAACAAUAGCAAGCAACGAUACGUCAUCAAAAUGGGGAAGUUAGUACGGAUAAUAAUGAUCGAUUCAACCUUUUCUGGUUCAUCUAGUUACAAAAGUAAACAAAAAAUACACUAAAGUAUACAGCAGUGUUAGUUGGAGUAGGCAUUGGUUUUAUAUUUGCGUUAAGGGGGCAGGAUCCCAUCUGGAUCCGUCCCCGCGUCCACUCUUAGCAAGGACUGACUUUCCGGCUAUGUGGUAAAAAUAGGUCUAGUGGGCCAGACAUGGCAAGAAGAAGGAAAAGAAUCCACGUGCAACAUUGCCCGAUUCACCCAAAACUGAUUUGAAUCUUUUUUGAAGUGUUGAUCUUACGCAUUUUACUGAUUUUUAUGUCCGUACUCUUCCACGAAGCCACGAAGCAAGCAUUUUUGUAGUUGUUUAUUUUAAGAAAACAAAAACACAGAUUCUUCCUGCUUAAUAAUGAUCAACGUGCAGUAAUAAAUGGGGAUAAUCACACCUGAAAAUGAUGGUCGGUGGAAUUUAUGACAAAGGAAACUAACAACUAUGAGCCGGAGAAACACUGUGCAACCGCUACUUACAAUAAGAAGACGAGGGGGUUUGCUAAGUAUGCAAGGGAAUUGCCCACAAAAGCUGCAGAAUGCAAGGCGCUCUGGAGCCGUCGGUAAACACGACGAAACACAACGUAAAGCUGAUGAUAGAAACAAGGAAUUAGUUUGUGGCGUCAACGAUGCUGCAUUUGCUAAGGGUUUGAAGCCACGAGAAAAGUGACGUAGUUUGUAGUUUGUACAUAGAAUAUGCCUAUUUUUAUUCACAAACCACUGCAAAAUUCGGAGGGGGUCAGCAGCGCGUAUAUUGGUAUUUUGAAGCAUUUGCCACAAGCAGAGCAGUAGUAGCAGAAAAAUCUAAAUAAAACACGCUGUAACAUUGAUUGCUUUACACAUGAUUGGGACUAAUCUUUUGAUCACGGGCAAACAGUUUAUGGAAUGGGCAAACUCUUUUGAAUGUUCACGAGUUAGGCAAGCUGUAAAUUCAAUUACCUCCUUUUUAGGUGUAGAAGAACUAGGGCAGAGCGUGCAUUGCAGUAUAAGGUGGGCAUACAUAGCAAACAAAUGGAAUAGGAUUAGGGAGUCUUUCCCGUUUACUCUUGGAGCACCAUCCGUACGGGAUAUUGUAAUAAAACGGCCCCAUUAUUUAGAUAUAGAUACGCUAUCAAACAGACCAGAGACCUGCCGGGGUGGGAACGUUCCUGAAGGAGAAGCAUGAACACGGAACAAUGUAUAAAGAAUACAAUUAAGAGACGACACUAGCACUUGAAGGGAAGGAUUUGAUUACACUACGCGUACGUUUUAGUUAUAAUUUGUGCUGGCAUUUAGCUCACGGAUAUGAACAUUAGGAAUAUCAAUACACAAUUUCCCUUUGUUUUCGUGGUUACUGUUUUUUGUUUAGUAGUUAGAGUUUCAAAUUAUGAAGUUAUCCUGCUUUUCGUUUCGUUGUCGGAGUUAAUUUUUGCUGCUGAGCAAACAGAGGGAUUAUUUGUAAGACUGUGGCGAAAGGUUCAAAGUUCCGCAGCGCACCAGGUAAAUAAAACAAAAACAAAAACACACAAUCGAGUCAGUUAACUAGUAGCUGCUGCUGCUGCACUCCAAUAGCAUUAUUACGGUUCUGCUGUUGAUAGUAACUAAACGAAAUAUCAGGACAACACCACCAGCGCGCAUUCGUAAAAUGGGUUUCAGUUUUUAUGUAAUGGGACUUAUGGGGAAUAUGGAAGUUAAUGGUCAGCUGACGGUCACUACCUACACUAUACCAUUUCAUACCCUGCGUUUGUUCGUUUGUUGAGCGCAACAUAGAUUAUGGGCAAAGUAUAAUAUGUAAUAUGUAAAUAGUAAACAAUAGGGCGUUAGAUACUACCGCACUACAUAGAGCAUUAGACAGAAGAGACAGAUACGAUAAACCGAAGGUGAAACGAAUCGAUCACGAUGGGUCGACUGCAGGAGGACACAUGAGCAGAAUCCCAUAAAAAAGUAACACAACUUACAACACAACGUCCUGCGAAUGAUGUGACGAUGGUAAUUGCCCCCUUAUUCCCGUGUAAUAACAAAAUCGAUCCGCAGUUCUAGAAAUUAAAUUCCGAUGAAGCUAAGUUAAUAAAACGUACAGCCUUAAACUAUUAAAUAA